AUGUUGCUACUAAAUGGUUAUGUAAGAACACCACUUGUUAAUGCACAAAUACGUGAUCAAGCAAAAUCUCAUGAUAUUUCUGAAUCGGAAGUCAUACCAUGUGUCAUUCUUCAAAAACAUGCUGUUAAAAAAUUUAUAUCAACUGAACUUAUUGACAAUUUAUCUUUAUUACUUGCUGAUGAAUUGAGUGUGACUUUAACUGGAAUGGCAAUACCUAUUGAUGGUGGUUGGUCUGCACAAUAA